AUGUCUGUGCCUUUCACAAGACUACUUUCCAAAGUUAGAUCACCUCGACCUUCUCUUCCUGGCGUAACAAGUACAUCUGGAGCCUUGACUCGUAUCGGUCACGAUGCUUCUGCUGGUGAUCCCACAUGUUUCGCAUCGAAAGUACGUGAUUCCCGUGGAAGACAAUACCUCUUAUACACCCAGCGAAACAAAGAACUCAAAUUCGAUCCCGUUUCUCGAACCUUUACCAACGAAAAACGUACUUCUUCAAUGACCAGAUCAUCUUACGAAACGACUAUUCCAGUAUUUGGAGGUGGAGAGAAAUCCAAUACAUUCAGAUUGAAUAAACCGAUUUCAAUCGAAAAUGGAACGAUCUUACCCCUUCAUCCUACACUUAUCCCUUCAUCAUCAGCUUCUUCUUUGACACCGAUUUCGAGAGAUCUGUCUGUCGAAAGAUCGAGUGUCCUAGAUGCUAUCAAGAAUUCACAUUCUCAGAUUUGUCUAGGAGUGAAUAUAUUCAUUCCUAAAGCUAAAGGCCAUCAUCAACCAUCUGUUCAAUGUGAAAGCGACAGUGCAGGAAUAACAAUACCUGGUGCCGAGAUUAGGACUCUGUAUACUUUACCUGAUACCAUUGUCAAUGCCAACACCAAUGCCAAUACCGAUACCAUCACGCAUUCAAAAACAGCAGGCAAUGGUUUCGCUAAAGUAGUUGAUGGAAGUGACAGUGAAACUCAACUACAAUGGUAUGACCCUUCGAGAUUGCAUCAAGACAACGAAAUUUGGCAAGGCGAUGGGGUCAUCAGCCAGCUCACUGAAAAGCCCAAUGCCGAUUCAGCAAAUGAUGGUGUAGACACCCCUUCCUCUACCGCCACGAAGAACGACGACCACCCUACUACUGAAAGUAAGAGUUUCUCCGAGGACGAUGACGAAACUAUCAGUACGAAUUUGGCGAAGAUUGCGUGA